ACUGCAGGAAACUUUUCUACUGUAUCGGCAAUACCGAAACCUUUCACCGUUCGACGAUUGGAUCGGUCUAAAAAGGCCACCGAUUAAGCAAUGGUGCAUGCUACGACACAAACUUGAAAAUUUGGCGAACUUUUCUUCUUUGUUCUUGCAAGUUUUGGCGAGAUAAAAAAAAAAUAUGAAAAAGUGCGGAAUUUAGAGAAAAAAAAAGUGCGAUUUAUUCUUCCAUUUCAUAGAAUUGUUGUCGAGGGAGUUUUGCAAAAUACCAAAGGCCGCUAAAGAUUCUGUGGGCUUCCAGACAGAAUCGUAUUUCAUAGUUAUCCCGGAAAACUUUUGCUCAAGAAGUUGUUGGUUAAUUGCGCGCGCUUUUAAGAGAAAUGAGUUGCAGCUGUUUCUGAAAAUGCAGAGAUUUAACAAGUUUAGCGUCGUUGCGUGUUUCUGUGCUGCACUCUCCAUGGCUGUCGCUCUCAAAUGCUACAGAUGUGGAAAGUACACGCCAGAUGGUGCUGGCUCCGUCAUCCCCUGCUACACCUACAAUCAGACAGACCUUAAGGAAUGCCGCCCCAGAGAUAAAUACUGUCUAAAAUAUUUAAAUGAAGGAAUAGUAGUGCGAGAUUGCGCCUACGAAUGCAAGAGUGGAGUUCACGAGCUGUCUGAAUUCUUCUGUUGCCAAGAGGAUGGCUGCAACAAUGCUCCCAACCCUCAGAGAUCAGUAUGGACUGUUCUUCUCGCAGUGCUUGUCCACCUUGUCCUCUGGGUGCGUUACCUGACGUAAACUGUGACGUCGAGCCAAAACAAACGAAAAAUGGUGUAUGCAAAACACGUUUCACAAUGCACAAGUGCCACCGCUCCCCGAUUUAAACCCCCCUCCAUUUUUCAACGCAGCUUUAUGCCCUAUUUUAGAGUGAGACGAACUGAUACGAGACUGUAAAAAAAACUAUUAUUGGUGCAAUUUUCUGACUCUAGAAGAACCCUCUCUGGAAGAAUUUUGAGAUAAUCAAAACAAGAAUUUAAUCUCUUAGGCAUUUCGCAAUCCAGCAAGCAGUUUAUUAGGUCGCGAUUUUCUGUAACAAAACGCGAAUGAUCCAUUCAUGCUUCGUUUUGUGUUGUGAAGAUUAUUUUCCUCUCUUUUACAGCUGGCGUAGACUGUCUGGGCGACUUUCACGAUAUCAAUGAUAUUGUUUGCAAGAACUAAGUCGCAACUGUUAUUUCUUAUUCAGUUUAAAUCUAUCUAGUUAAGCUAAGUUUCAUAUAUGUAAAGAAACUUUAUAUAUAUAUAUAUAUUGUUUUCACUUGGAUAAUAUCCCAGCAGUGCAAAAGUAUUGAACAAUAUUGUAACAUAUCUUGUUCUACUUGUAAAAUGAUCCUUGAAAGAUAAGCUUAAAAAGAAUACUUUAACUCUUUCAUUACUGAUCCGGUCUAACCGGCCAUACAAAUUCUAUCCUGGAGAGCCAGUUUUUUUUUUUUAAAGACGGUUGUAAGAUGUAAAGUAAGGAAAUCUUUGGUGAUAACUCAUUUUACAUCCUACAUUACUCAUUUGAAGCAGGAAUGGCCCGCAGGAUAGAAUUAAUUUCUAAGGCCGGUUGGGCCGGUUAGGUAAUGAAAGGGUUAAGAAUGACAAUCUCGGUAAAAUCAAGUUUUCUUUUAGACAGUUCGUAUAUUGAGCAACAUCUGUACGAUAUUGCUCAGUGUUUGCUACGUUUUUCAAGAUCGUCACCUAUCUUGUGCUGCUUGGAAAGUGAUCUUUGAAAGAUUGUAUUCUUUUAUAGAAGGAAAGAAAAUAUUUUAAGGAUGGUAAUCUUGGCACAGUAUCGAUUUGGCUCUUUUGCAUAUUUUCACAAUUGUGUAUUUAUAAACCUAUGUCACUAAAAGAUUAUUUAGUACUUUUCUAAAAUGGAGUACAUAGUAUUAAAAAAUAUGAAACCAACUGUUUAGAAUAAAGAAAAAUUAUUCAUUUAAGACAUAAAUGGUUGAACUUUUAAAGACAGAUUAGCACAUAAAUAAAAUAAACUUUAAAAAAAAUAUUGUAAUCCACCGUAGAGGUUAGAAAUUGCCAAUCCUAUGAUAUUCAAAUUAAUUCUGUCAAUCUUCUAAUGGCAGACUUUCUAUAAUAUAAAUCAAAAAUUGAAAUAACCUUCUUUCAAUAUGUAUUCAACUUUUGACCAAUUUGAACAAUAUAACUUAUUAUAAAAUGUAUCUAAAUUUGAAACAGCUGUCUUAAAAUAGAGCAUUUUUAAAUAUAUAAUUAAACUGUGUAACAUAGUAAAAAGCAUAUUAAUUCUCCCAUAAAAAACAUUUUAAUAACAUGAUUUUCAAAUGAUACAGCAUGGAAAAGCUGCAGUAUAGUUUUCUAAAAUUUCUGCUACAAAAUGGAACGAAAUGGCCGUAUUAUAUGGCGAUGAAUUUCAAAAUGAUUCAAAUUAGUUAAAUAAUGCUAACAUAAUUAAUUUUGAUUCCCUAAUAAAAAUAAAAGGCUUUAUGUUGUUUAUAUUUCAUGUUAAAACCUUCUUCAAAUGAGAUUUGAAGAAGAGAUAGAAUAGGCGAGAUGAAAUCUAUUCUAACUAUCCUAUUUCAAUUAAAAAAAUCAAUUUGGCGGCAAAUUAGGAUGCCAAUAUGAAAAGACAAAUGCAGAAAAUUGUCUUGGCGAGCGUAAAGAAUCCCUUGAAAACAAAUGAAUUCUUUAUAAGGAUUGAUCGUUCAAGGAUUACAUAUCCGAAGGAAAACAAAGUAUAAUAAAUUUCAGCAAGACAUAGCUGUAGAUAUCGCUUUUUUUGUUUGUAAUUGAUGAAACACAACCUUUGAGUUUAUUUAACUGGCUUACUUAAGAAUUUUUUUCUAUUAACCUGAAAUAAAUGAUCCGAAUUGUCACGAAUUUGCUUUUGUGUUUCAGAACAAGUUGUAGAAUGCUUAUCUAAGACGUUUAACAUGUUUUAAAUUUAUUUUUAUGACUGACUUCACACAAUUUUUGAGCACCAAUGUAACGCCCUUAUAAGCAAAACCAUAUAAACGGGAGUUUAUAAAUUUUUUCCUGUUUCUUCUAAUAAUAAGCUAGAUAUAUUUGGAGAUUGCAUAUAUAAAAAUUUCCCUGAUAUUUAGUUAAAUUUGAAAGUCUAAUGAGUAUUUAUUGCAGCUGCUUUGCUAACAUGUAAAUAAGAUGAGAGUAUUAUUUAAAUGAUCUGAACUUAUAAAGCCAUGAAGAAGAUAUGUAUUUAGAAAAUCCCUCUUAUAACUAGGAAUUUGUUAUACCUGAGAUCUUAAGCUUCAACUCACGUGCGUGCUUCAGUGUACCUUAGCAUAAAUUACGAUUCAACAUUUUGCUUCGUAAUUUCUUGAACAAAACAAAGAACUAGUUCAUAAAGUUAGUUAAAUAAUAUAUAAAGUGAAUAGUAAAUAUAUAUAAUUUGAUAUUUAUUUCCCACGUAAACCCCAAAGAUGUAAAGCUUGAAAUGAAACAAUGGGUAGUAAAAUUCUCUUAUUUUUUUACAAAUUGCAACAAAGGAAAAGCACAAAAAGGUUGGGUUGAAAGUUGUCAUUAAAUUACAGCAACAAGAAACAAAUAAUAUUAGUAGUUGCGAUCAAAAUUUGGAACAAAAGAAAUAACUUUUGAGUGUUUGAGGGUGGAAAAAUAGCAACUGCCAAACUUGCCUCGCAAUACACAAACACAAUGCAUUCAGCAGAACUAAAAUACUUACGACAAAAACAAGCAAGAAUUAAUACUAAGUACGACAAAAACAAGCAAGAAUUAAUACUAGAUGCGACAAAAACAAGCAAGAAUUAGUUCUAGGUGCGACAAAAACAAGCAAGAAUUAAUACUAAGUGCGACAAAAACAAGCAAGAAUUAAUACUAAGUGCGACAAAAACAAGCAAGAAUUAAUACUAAGUGCGGCAAAAACAAGCAAGAAUUAAUACUAAGUACGACAAAAAUUAAUAAUAAUUAAUACUAAGUAAGACAAAAAACAAGCAAAAAUUAAUGCUCAAUAUUAAUUAUUAAUUUUUGUCGAACUAAGUACGACAAAAAUAAUUAAUUAAUACUAAGUACGACAAAAAUAAUUAAUUAAUACUAAGUACGACAAAAAUAAUUAAUACUAAGUACGACAAAAAUAAGCAAGAAUUCAAGUGAUAUAUAUGAAAAAUAAAACAAGUUUAAAUAAAAUCAACACUAUAAAUUUUAUAAUGUUAGAUAAAAUCAACACUAUAAUAAAAAUCUUAAAAUAAAAUAAAGCAAUUCAUUCGUUAACAACGAUCAACUAAUGCUAUUAUCUUUGUUUUAAAAAGUCUUUCAGGUGCCGCUUUUCAUAAGUGAUUGAAUAGAAAAACACUGACUAGAGAAAUCAGUGCGAUUAAAUGUAGAAAUAUAUAAACAUAAGUAAUUGGAUUAAUAUAAAGAUUUUCAGUGGUUUAAAAGUUACAUUAUUAUCCUCUCCAACAAAGAAAUGUUAAGGUAAUUAGAAUAGUCAAAGUUACACUCUAAUUGCAAAAGAGUCAUCUAAAAACAUCAAGAGGAAAUUUAUAUUCAAAUCAAAUGUUAGUACAGUACAUGCAGUUUAAAAAAAUCAAAUAUUCCACAGAAGAAAAUAAUGUCCUAUUCAAAUAUGUAUUUCAAAAUAAAAAUUACUCAUGUUUUGUUUGCUUGCAGCUUUUUCGUACAUUAUCAAAUAAACAGCGACAUGUGGCAGAAAUGCAUUUUAAAAAUUAGUCCAAUUACAACCGCUGGUAAUUUUUUUUUUUUUUUUUUGAAAAUUGCAAAUCGAUAAAAAGUUCAAAGAUUUUUUUUUGCGUUUUUUAAAGAUUUAACUGUCAAAUGACAGUUAUGAAGACAACCUGCUUUUAUAAUUAGCGUCGAUUUAAU